AUGGUUGGCGACGACAUCCCGCCACCACCACCACCAGCAAAAAUAGAACCUAACUCCCCCUUCUACCUCGAUGCGCAGGACAAACUUGGUGAGUAUAUCACCCAUGUGCGUCUAAAGCUUGAAAAUUUUGAUGCUUGGGCUCACACGAUUUAUGUGGCUCUUUCAUCUCGCAGAAAAUUUGGUUUCCUUGAUGGUACAAUCAAUGAUGUCGUACCUCCCGCAACAAAGGACGAUUGGGUCACGAUUCAUUGUAUGCUUGUUUCGUGGCUCAUGUAUACGAUUGAUCCCGAGGUUAAAUCCUUGCUUUCGAACUAUGACAAUGCUAAACAACUAUGGGAUGAUUUAAAUGAGAGGUUUUGUGUGGUUAAUGGGCCACGAAUUCAACAAUUGAAGGCUGAAAUUAAUCGAUGUGAGCAAACAAAGAACAUGUCGGUGGCAAUUUACUUUGGAAAAUUGAAAGUUUUGUGGGACGAUCUUGCAAAAUAUGAACCCCUCAUUAGCUAUAAGUGUGGGAGAUGCACUUGCAGUGUUGGUCGUCAACAUGAGUUGCGCCGAUCCCGUUCGCAGGAUGAAAGGGUAUGGAGUAUUUCUCAGGUGCGUGAAGAGAAGCCAGAGAUUGCGGGCUUUGCUGUACGUAUGGAGCAGCGCCCAAAACCACGUCUGAGUCGUGCGGAGAAGGCAGCACUGACUUGUACACAUUGUCACAAGUCAGGACAUGACACGACUUCUUGUUUUGAACUUCAUGGAGUUCCAUCUUGGUACACGGAGAAAUAUGGUUCCUCUAAUCAAGAUUCUAAGGGUGUCGCAAAGGGCAGAAGUGCACCUCCUCCUGCUGGCCGGGGAAGAGGUGUUGUCACGGCAAACGCGACGCCACCCCCUGUUGGCGCAAGCACACCACAGUUGUCGGGGUUCUCUGCCGAGCAAUGGCAGUCUUUGGUGGCCGCUUUUGGUACUCCUCUGCCUCCUUCUAAUCGAUUGAACGGUGAGUGGAUUAUUGAUACGGGUUGCUCGCAUCAUGUCACGGGGUGUAUAACUUACUUGACCAAUGUCAAGGAUGUUACCCCUCUUCCUGUUGGUCACCCUGAUGGACAACAAGUCAUGGCAGUAAAGGAGGGUGAUAUUAUACUUACAAACACAAUCACCCUCACUAAUGUUCUCUUUGUACCAAAAUUGAAUGACGAGGGAGGUGAUUUGGCACGGGUGAAAGACGGGAUGGACUUUACUACUUGUGUGCGGAGACAACAGUGCAAGGGGGUUUCGGCUCACUCAGUGGACAGCUCGUCUUCUAUGGAACUUUGGCAUAGUAGGUUGGGACAUCCUUCCGAGAAAGUAGUGAAGUGGCUUCCUUUUUUUAGUAAUACUACUUGUAGUUUGAAUAAAGAUUGUGAAGUAUGCCAUCGUGCUAAGCAUGCUAGGAGUAGUUUUCCUUUAAGUGAAAAUAAAUCAACUCGAAUUUUUGAGUAA